CAGGAAGAGCUGCUGGAGGACGCCAUGUGCUUUUGAGCAGUGAGGUUGAAUGACAGGCUGAUGUGUGUAUUUUGGAGGUGUUUGUGAAUUACCUGGAGUAAAUAAUCGAAGGACAGAAACAGAAAUAUGUAUUGCACCAGGCACUGUAUUCGAGCGGCGUUGCGAACGGUUGUCCAAACACAACGGUCUAACAUCCAGACACCAGCACUAUGUGCCAUCAGAACGCUCAAGACCAGUCCUGCCAGCACAUCGGAUGCCAUAGCCACCCCCCAUUUGGACGGUGCACCCAAACAAUACUCACCCAAAAUUCAGCAGCUUGUUAAUGACAUCAGCAGCCUUACCUUAAUCGAGGUGUCAGACUUGAACGAGUUACUUAAGAAAACCUUAAAUAUUCAAGAUAUUGGAAUGAUGCCUAUGGGCGCAAUGGCAGCAGCAGCACCUGCAGCCACGGCAGUAGAGGAGGAGGCGGCAGUCCCAGCCAAGAAAGAGAAAACUCAUUUCACUGUCAAAUUGACAGCACUCAGUGCUGCCGAGAAAGUCAAACUGAUCAAAGAAGUCAAGAACUGCAUGCAAGGCCUGAAUCUCGUACAGGCCAAGAAGCUAGUGGAAUCCCUGCCUCAGGAGAUCCGUGCGAACGUAUCCAAAGAGGAGGCUGAGAAACUGAAGGCUGCCCUGGAGGCAGCAGGGGGCACUGUGGAGCUGGAGUAGACCAGUCCGACCUUCAUCCGACCUUCAUCUGUCUCUCUCUCUUUUUUUUUUAUAACGAAAGGAAUCUAAGGAAAAGAAUUCAUAACAUUGCCACUUAGCCCCACGCGUGACUGGAAUGGGGUGGUCGAACUCACAGACUGAACUGUACUAGGCCACGAGCCUGCAAACACUCGGUACCCCGCCGGCUGCUUGUCUGUCACUCACAGCCCCCGAGAGCUACUGGUGGGACGAUCCUGUGCAGAUUGUCUGUGUCUGUCUGUCUCUCUCUGUGCGUCUGUCUGUCUGCCAGGGAGCAGGGGCUAUAGCUCGACACGGGACAUGGUUGACAUUGCCUGAGGUGAAAUAAACAUGGUCAUGUAGAACUGUA